AUGGUUCUGAAACCACCUGGACAGGAGAGGUUCCAGAGUGUGCAUGCAUCCUAUUACUAUAAGGCUCAUGCUUGUGUCAUGGUGCUUGAUGUGGAGCAGAGAGUCACCUACAGGAACUUGAACAGCUGGUACAAGAAGCUGAGAGAAUUCCGUCCAGAGAUUCUUUGCAUUGUAGUGGCCAACAAAACUGAUGAUAUGAAGGGGACCCAGAAAAGCUUAAAUGUUGCCCAGAAGCUCAGUUAGCCCUUCUACUUUGUGUCUGCUGCUGAUGGCACCAAUGUAGUGCAGCUCUUCAGUGAUGCUUUCCAACUGGCAAUUGCUUACAAACAGAAUUUGGGAGGUUUCGUGGAUGAGGUCCUGCGAGAACUGGAGAGCUUUGACCUGCAGAAGAAGAGUGAGAAUUUGUUGGAUAAAGAGAACAGCUGUGCUGAAAAGAAGCCCCCAUCUGCCUAA